UGGAUGGGUGCUCUGCCAAGUCCUGGGCAGCCAGGCCGCACUCACGCUUCGGUUGAGUGGCAAAGAGUGAUCACGCUUCCAUUUGUUGCGGCUGCUGACGAAGAGUGAGCACUGCGUGCCGCGCAGCCCAUUUGGGGCAGCCUACAGACGCCAUCGACGCGAUGAGAACGGCCGCCCUCGUCGCCGCCGCCGCGGUGAUCAGCUACCUCGACCAUGCACAACAGGACCGGACCCACGGCACCUGGAUUGGUACGACACCACGCUAUCAAACAUAUGGCGACCGCGCGAAGCCGCCAUUGGUCGUCAUCCCGGGCUUGGACGGCUGCACGGUCUUCUUCCAGGGUGUCGUGCCGGAGCUGGUCCGCGACUUUUUUGUGGUAGUGUAUGACUUGCCAUUGUAUGACGGUGGUCAAAAUUACACAUUCUCGUACCUCGCUAAUGACGUCGCGGCAGCGCUCGACGAGCUCGCCAUCGAACGCGCCUCUAUAAUUGGUGAAUCUUUUGGCGGCGUCGUGGCCCAGCAUGUGGCCUUGGAACACUCUGAACGAGUUGAGGCGUUGGUGCUGCUCUCGUCGCUCGCAAAAACCGAGCUCACCGCGGUCGUCAAGUUCAAGCUCCACUGUCUACUCCCACUCGUCGAGUUCUUGGGACGGGCGUUCCCUGGCAUAGCCCAGACGAUCUUCGCGAAAGUCCACGCGUCUGACGUCGUGGAGGCCUCCGAGCCGGCCUGGGCCCGCAGCCUCUUCGUCAAGGAGGCGUCCUGGGCGCACCACGCCAGCGUCAUGCAAAGGAUUAAGAUCGUGGCGGCGCUGGACAUCGAAGACCGCGUGCCGCGUAUCGCGGCGCCCGUGCUGCUCGUCCGCGGCGCCGAUGAUUCGUUCACGGGGCAUACGACCGCUAGACUCCGGGCUCUAUUACAAUCGCGUGGGCAAGUCGGCACGUUCCCCGGCGGAGCCGUCGACGUCGUCACGCUGCCCGGUGGCCAUCUGCCGCACGUAACGUCUUCUGACCUGUUCGCCCGGGCGGUGCGGGACGCUCUAUUUGUUGUUCACAUGGAGAAGAUGCCCGAAUCAGAAUGGCACGCCAAUUAUGUCCGGGAACUGAACAAAAAUCCUUUCUUUAACACGACGGAUGUCGACAUCGCUUUGACGUCGGCGGGAUACAUUAGCUGGCGGGCGGUGGAGGAGUUGAAAAAGUAGCCCCACUUCGCGAUUGCUCUAGAGAAGAUUAAGUGUGCUUUCUGUUA